AUGAUUCUCAAGUGGAACUCGUCCCUCGCCUUGUGUGCCGCGUUGCUCGCUGGUGCAGUCGAUGCCCAAGGGGCUAACUGGGGAGGUUUCAACACAAUCCGCAACAUCUGGACAGCUGGUGCAUCUUACGACUACAUCGGAAGUGGUCCUUUGAGCUACAGCACGACUUCAAACGGGCCGAACCAUAUAAACUACAUCGCCAAUGCACGCGGUGCAAACAAUGUUGUCCUCAACAAGUUUGCAUACCCCGGGGCGGUAACGGACUCUCGCUAUGCGGUGCCCACGCAAGUUCUUCCCGGUUUCAGUCCUAUCAUCAACUGGAAUGAUCAAAUCAAUGAGAUCGUUACCGCUUUCACAGCGGCUCGUACGGCAGGUACUGCUUCGGCUAGGGAUUCUCUCUUUAUCUUCCUGGCGUCGAACACCGGCAAUGAUAUUCUUGGUACCUACAACACCACCACUAAUCAAGCCCAAACUAUCAACAAUUUGAUCGGAGUCAUCCGCACCAAGUUUGCCCAGAUCUAUGGCGCCGGAGCUCGUAACUUUGUCUUCCUCUCUGUCCUGCCGGCGGAGCUCAUUCCCAGAAUUCAGAUAUUGUCCCAGGCAGACAGAGACAAGGUCGCCGACUUCGCAAACAACUACCGUGUAGCAGUGAACAAUCUCAUCACAGAACUUAGAAACAACAACACGUAUCGCGGGCAGAUCACCAUCUUUGCACCGGAUUUCACCCAGAGCUUGAGGUCCAUUAAGGCUGGCACGCUGACAACCGGUCCCACCGCGGGCUACCUUGAUCGAAACGGCUACUGCGCAGACGCUCUGCCCAUUGGCAUUGUCGUGCCUCCGAAUCCUGACUACAAGUCGACUAACUGUGCCUACACUGCUCGCAAGUACCUUUUCCACGACACGAUUCACAUUACCUCGCCGGCUCAUUGCGAGUACGCCAUCAACACUCUGGCUACGCUUGGCGUCACAGCAACACCGCAGCAGUUGGGUUGCCAAUUCGCCUAG